AUGCAAGUGCCCGUGGUCGACGCCGACAACUGUGUUGUCAACGACAAGAAGUACCAGCCGCCGCUGACGUUCCCCAUUGGUCCGUUCACCCGGUACGAGCACAACCCGAUCUUGGUCCCCGACCAAAACCGCGAGUUCGAAAGCGGCUACCUAUACAAUGCCACCGCCAUUGUCGUCGACGACAGGGUGUGGUUAUUGUAUCGAGCACAAUCAACCAAUAAAACGUCGAGUGUCGGCCUCGCAUGGCUGUCAGAUGGGGUAACCUUCACCAAGUACCCUAAGCCGAUCAUCUAUCCUACGGAGCCGUGGGAGGCAAAAGGGGGCUGUGAGGAUCCCCGGAUCGUGUUUGACUACGAAAACAAACGCUUUGUCGUCACCUAUACGGGCUACGAUAGUAAAACUGCUCGGUUGUGUGUGGCAUACUCCAAAGAUUUGCUCAAUUGGACUAAGCUUCCCCCCUUUGUCAAGCCAAGCAAAGAUGGUGAGCAAGGGUCGGAAUGGCUGAAACUGGGGGCGAUCUUCAACGAGAAAGUCAAUGGCAGGUACUGGAUGGUGUAUGGCGAAGGCAAUCACAAGUUGGCUUACUCAGAGGAUAUGAUCAACUGGACAAUGGCGGGUCUGUUCUCCAAUCCUGAGGUGUUUACUGUACCGAGGUUCCCCUAUGAGUCACGGUUAAUUGAGCCUGGUCCCGCUCCCAUUAAGCUUACAACGGGACAAUGGGCAUUCUUGUAUAAUGCUCUGACUAAUGGUGACGAUCAGCUAGGACUUGAACCUACCACAUACACACUUAGUCAGAUGCUCGUUGAUUUGCCAGCAAUUGAACAAGGUCCUGUUGCCAGACUUGAACGUCCGUUCAUGCGUCCAGAGUCGGAUAAUGAAAAGAAUGGUCAGGUGGACAAAGUGGUAUUCUGUGAAGGCGUGGUACAAUUUCAUGGCAAAUGGUUCUUAUAUUACGGCCAGGGCGACUCCGAGUUGGGUGUAGCCUUUGCCGACGUGGUUUAG